AUGGAGAGCGGACAGUACCUCGGAGAAAUCUCAGCUCUGUGUUUUCUCCACCUCCCUCUCCCUCCCCCGUCUCCAUCUCUUCCUUAUCUCCUUGCUGGAACUGGUUCGCAGCUACUUUUCUAUGACCUGCAUACUGGCAAUAUGAUCGCUUCCUUUCAAGUUUUCAAGGGUGUUAGGGUGCACGGCAUUUCUUGUCUUCCCCUAACAGAUACAGUAACAGAUACAUCACUUACUUUCAGAGUCGCCGUCUUUGGAGAGCGCAGGCUCAAAUUAUUUCUCUUCAAGAUUCAGUUGCCGCAUCACAACAAACAAACGCUCGUCCAUCUGCUCUCUUUUCAGUCCCUGCCUAAUUUGGGUCACUGGGUUUUGGAUGUUUGCUUCAUACAGGAAUCUGUAAUUCUUCAAGGGAGUCAGUUUCUUGCCAUUGGAUGCACCGACAACACUCUGUAUUUCUGGGACACCUUGACAUCUACAAUCAGCUUUCAGGUGAGCUCUCCAGACAGAUGUCUUCUGUAUACGAUGCGCAUUUGGGGUCACAAAAUUGAUUCUCUCCAUGUAGCAUCUGGUACAAUUUAUAACCAGAUAAUUGUGUGGAAAGUAGUAGACACUCUUCCUAUGGGAUCAAAAUCAAAGACGGGUGAGUACAAAGCUGUCCCAGUAUGUAGACUGGGGGGGCAUGAAGGUUCUAUAUUCCGUAUUACAUGGUCUUUGGAUGGAUCAAAACUGGUGUCUGUCUCGGAUGAUCGCAGUGCCCGUAUUUGGGAAGUUCAUACUGGAAAAAGAGACUCUGAUGAUGAUACAGAGGUGACUGUUUCUCCUUCCACUGGGCCUGUGCUAUUUGGCCACACUGCCAGGGUUUGGGAUUGCUGUAUGUCCGACUCUUUAAUCAUCACCGUCGGCGAGGAUUGUACAUGUCGUGUAUGGGGACUGGAUGGAACACAACUUAGAAUAAUCAAGGAGCAUAUAGGGAGGGGAGUAUGGCGAUGCUUGUAUGAUCCAAGCUCUUCUCUUCUUGUUACAGCUGGAUUUGAUUCUGCCAUAAAAGUGCAUUCUUGUUUGCCCAUGGGAUCGGAAUUGGAAUCGGAAUCGGAGAGAUGCAAUGGUCUGGAAGAGUAUGAAAGAAAACAGAUCUUUACUAUCCAAAUUCCAAAUUCAAAGCGUACUGCACUAAUGGACAGUAAAAGCGAAUAUGUACGUUGUAUGCAUCUUGCGAGUGAAUGUGAGCUUUAUGUAGCCACAAACAAUGGCUUCUUGUACCUUGCUAAAAUAUCUGAUACCGGUGAUGUAGCAUGGACUCGGCUUUUCUGUAGCCAAGAGGAGAUUCCAAUAGUUUGUAUGAGCGUAUUCCAUUUCCCGGGUUGUGUGGAGAACUGGAUUGCUUUGGGAGAUGGAAAGGGAAGAUUAACUGUCGUGAGAAUUGCUGAUAUCCAGACACCUGAGCUCAAUCUAUCAUUCACUUGGCCUGCUGAAGCUGAGAGGCAGCUUUUAGGAACAUAUUGGUGCAAGUCUUUGGGCCACAGGUACCCUUCAACUUAUACUUGUUUCGAUAAAUGUAUUAAGUUCCUUCCUGCUGCUCUUACAACGUUAUAUCUAAGAGUAACAAUGGGAUUUGGAUUGAACUGGAGUUUUCAUAGAAUUAGGGAUAAUCUCACUUUCGAGAGGUGA